GCCGCGGCCGGUGGUUAUUGGUGAAGCGUCGCGUAAGGUCAUGCAGUUCACGCCGCAGCAACUCGUGGGUGCCGGUCGCUACAGCGCAACGACGCGCAUUGGCAACUGGAAUGAAGAUCUCAUGCUGGAAGAGGCGCGCAUGAAGGACUACCGCGCCCAGAAGCAAAAGGGCGGGCUGGGCACCGCUUUCCGACAAAAGAUGGAGCAAGCGAACGGCCGCGUGCCUCACUCGUUCGCAGACGACGGUGUCUUGCGCUUCAACAUGUACGUGACGCUCGAGCACCUCCAGACUGGUGGCGUCCUUGCCUGCGACGUGUGGGAGGAGACGUUUACCGGGUCCGGCGAGUUUGUCGUGAGCGUCGGGCGUCCACCGAGCGCCGCAUCGGCGCGCACCACGUUUUGCAUCGUCUCGCCGACAGGGCAGAGUGGCAUUGUGCGGUACGGCGACCCGUUUCGGCUCAUGGCCAACGAAGCGUUGCGCGUCGACGGCGCCUCGCUCUUGCCCAUGCUCUUUCUCAAAUCCACACUCAAAACCGAGCGCAGCAUGAGCCCUGUCUCGUCCAACCAGAACGUCACGCUGUCCGUGACACCCGACACGUCGACACUCUGGGUCGCGACACGGGCGGACGUUGGCGGCGCCGAGAAGCUGCUCGCGGCAUCGACGCCCGUUCGCACCAACGACGGCAUUGGACUGCUGCACAAGAUGACCGGGCAGCUCCUCUUUGCCGAUGCCAAGAACAGCGUCGCGACUGAUUUUGGCACGGAAACCGAGGUGUGCUGCCUCACCGUGAAGGGCCACGGCAAGAGCUUCAACCUCGCGCAUGAGGCGGCGGGCGCGCGGACGUCUGACAUGCACGCGCGCAGUUCGCUCUCGCAGAAUGCGUGGCGCCUUGGUCUCGCCACCUCACCGCAGGCCGCCGCGGACAACCGCCGCCUGCCUGCGCCGUCGACACCCGAGUCCGUCGCAUACCUCCUUGUGCAGGCGCUAACGACGCAGCACGUGUUUGGCUUGCGCCAGCUCAUGCAGUCGCUGCAGAAUGUCGAUGCCAGCGGCGGGUCGGGGCUCAUGGACCGCGAGGACCUCAAGUGGGCGAUCAAGGCCUGCGAGACCGAAGCCAGUCUCGGUCUCCGCGACGACCAAUACGACACGCUACUCAACGCUUUGGACGACGGCAAGCGAGGGUUUGUUAAAGUGACGCGGUUCAUCGAGCUCGUGCGCGGACCGCUCUCCGAUGCGCGUAAGAGUAUGAUCAACCAGACAUACGACGCCGUCUCCAGUGGCCUCGGCGGCGCCGUCACGCUCUCUGCGCUCGCGAAGGCCUACGACACGGGCUGCGAGUCGGCGUUCCGCAGCACCCGGUCGGUGGACUUCAUGGCACUCUGGACGACCACGGACGCGCGUGGUGUCAUCACCCGCAACGAGUUUCUCGACGUGUACAAGGACGUAUCUCGCGCCGUCGACGACGACAUCAUGUUUGAGCAACUCCUCAAGAAUGCGUGGGGCGUCUGAAGAACACUGUUCUGGAAUUCCACACCAGACGCUGUAUGCAAUACAUUGCAAAACGAAAACAAACCAUACAAACAUCAAGCUACAUGACAAUACGAAUAAAAAUACGCCAAACAGCGGUCCAUGGUAUUGUACCAAUACAGACUCAAUUCUCGG